UUGAUAGCAAAAGCAAAGUGAUAGUUGCACCUUGUUUGUUACCUGAAUCAGGUUUCAUUCAAACAAUUGAAAUUGAUAAUCCAAGAUAUUGGCCUAUGCGAUUAGAAUUCGGGAAAAAUUUAGAAUUUAAUCAUGGCAAGACUUUGGUAGCAUUUACUCGAUACCUUUGCGAAGACUUUAAUGAUAAUGAUGAUGAACAAGCAUUAUCAGCAUUUUACAUGGAAGGAAUUAAUGAAAUAGAAUUAUGGAAUGUUAUGUUUAUAAUGGAGCGAUAUUUUGAAAUUCCUUUCGAUGUUUUUGCAUCUUUAAGGUUUAUAAUGGAGCGAUAUUUUGAAAUUCCUUUCGAUGUUUUUGCAUCUUUCCUUGCUGAAAAUUCAUCGUUGUCAA